AACGUCGAAACGUGGGGGCUAGAAAAUACAAAGGUCAGUCGUUGCGGAGGUUUAGUUAUUUUUUGCCAGGACUUGCGAAACCGCGCCAUCUCGCGGCACCACAAUUAAAAACUUUGAUCGCAGCCUCCGUUGAUCAAAAGAUCAUCGUGUUUGACAGAAGUACAGUUGUAAUUGUUAAAUACUGUGAUUUGUUUAAAAAUGAGAUAAACAAUUAGCAAAAAUGGCAUUUCUAUGCCCUGUGCGUAUCAGACGAGGCAAGAAGAAAAAAUCCGUACUUACGUAACAGUAAAUUAGAAACCAGAAACUCUAGUAGCGGUGUUGGUUUGACCCACCUCCGAGUAAUACACUAACCACACUUUAACCAACAUAAGAACUUUGGUGGUACAUUUGCAGCCACCAUCUCAGACCUAGACAAGGAGCUCAACCGACCCAUAAAUGGAGCUCCGGGGAUGGGUCGAAUCACGGGCUCUGCCAGCAUCGAGACCCUGGUCAGGGUCGGAAUCGAAAAAGAGCACGGGCUGUCGCCCGACAGCAAAAUGGUCGUUCUUCACGACUUCACGCCUUGCGUAGACGACGAGCUCGAAGUCAAACGCGGCCAGAUCGUCAACAUCCUCUACCGCGAGAACGACUGGGUCUACGUCAUCGGUCUAGACACCAGGCAGGAGGGGUUCAUCCCGUACUCCUACUGUUCGCCAUACAACAGCCAUUUAGCCGAACUGGCCAUAAAGAAAAAACUGCCAAGGGAAACCCAGCUGCCAUCAGGGGAAAGCUCGGAUACUAAUCAUGAGUGUGAUCUAGCCGGUUUAGACACUAGUGAUUGCGAUUCUUUGGGGAAAAAACAAGUGAGAGGUGCUGGAUCGCCGAUUAGUAUCCGAUCGGAACCCGAUAUGUUGCCAUUUUCGAAAGAUCCGUCAGGGCGUUACAUAGUGCUGUAUACUUUCAUAGCGAGGGACGAGAACGACGUAUCCGUGGAGCGGGGGGAGUUCGUGACUGUACUGAACAAGGAGGACCCCGACUGGUACUGGAUCGUGCGCAGCGACGGCCAGGAAGGCUUCAUCCCGUCCGGGUUCGUUUAUCCGGCUGAUAAUGUGAUACAAGGUCAUUUGAACCGCGUCGCUAAUCAAAAUCUGAGCGGAAACUUGACGAAUCAAAAUAACUCGCAUUUGCUGACCACGUCCAGUGUGGAUGAUUUGCGUUAUCACGGGACGGAGUUGGUCAUGUUGUACGAUUAUAAAGCUCAAGCUCCUGACGAUUUAACUGUAAGAAGAGGUGAUUGGAUAUAUGCUGAUCUUAAUAAUCAAACUGUUGAUGGAUGGUUGUGGGCGUAUGCACCGAAAACUAGGAAGUAUGGAUUUAUUCCAAAGGCUUAUGCGAGACCACCCGCCAUGACGAGCCUUUGAUUGUUGUGUGAUUGUGAAAAGAGAAAGUAUUUUUAUAAGGAAUGAUACAAUGACAUUUUAUAUUUUUAUACUUUUAUUUUUAUUGCCGGACAUUAUUGUUAAUAAACUUUUACAUAACUA